AUGACAGCUUCCCCCCUGGACUUCGGGGAGGUGGAAACUUUCCUGGACAGGCACCCAGAAUUGCUCGAAGACUACUUGAUGCGGAAGGGGAAGCAGGAGAUGGUGGAGAAGUGGCUGCAGAGGCACAGUCCGAGCCAGGGGGCUUUAGGCCCAAGGCCUGCACUGGCUGGCCCCGGCGGCAUGGCUCACGGCGGUGGUGGUGGCACUGGACCAAAUGGCUCGGGCAGCAGCCAGCCCCCUCCGGGUGGUGGGGACUGUGGGGGGGCUCCCCUGAGUCCCAGCUGGGCCAGUGGCGGCCGGGGGGAUGGGAACCUGCAGCGGAAAGCUUCUCAGAAAGAGUUAAGGAAGAGUUUUGCCCGCUCCAAAGCCAUCCACGUGAACAGGACCUAUGAUGAACAAGUGACCUCCCGGGCCCAGGAGCCCCUGAGCAGUGUGCGGCGGAGGGCACUUCUCCGCAAGGCCAGCUCCCUGCCUCCCACCACAGCCCAUAUUCUCAGCGCCCUGCUGGAAUCGAGAGUGAAUCUGCCUCAAUAUCCCCCUACGGCCAUGGACUACAAGUGCCACCUCAAAAAGCAUAAUGAGCGUCAGUUCUUUCUGGAACUGGUCAAGGAUAUCUCCAAUGACCUUGACCUUACUAGCUUGAGCUACAAGAUCCUCAUCUUUGUCUGCCUCAUGGUGGAUGCUGACCGCUGCUCUCUUUUCCUGGUGGAAAGGGUGGCUGCUGGCAAGAAGAGUUUGGUCUCCAAGUUGUUUGAUGUGCAUGCAGGAACCCCACUGCUGCCCUGCAGCAGCACAGAGAACUCAAACGAGGUGCAGGUCCCCUGGGGCAAAGGCAUCAUUGGCUAUGUCGGGGAGCACGGAGAAACUGUCAACAUUCCUGAUGCCUACCAGGAUAGACGAUUCAAUGAUGAAAUCGACAAGCUAACUGGAUACAAGACAAAAUCACUAUUGUGCAUGCCUAUCCGAAGCAGUGAUGGCGAGAUUAUUGGUGUGGCCCAAGCGAUAAAUAAGAUUCCUGAAGGUGCUCCAUUUACUGAAGAUGAUGAAAAAUUCAUUGACUACUUACCCAGGUAUUGGAUAUGGCUGUUGAUUUCCUGCAAGGUUAUGCAGAUGUAUCUUCCAUUCUGUGGAAUCGCCAUAUCUAAUGCUCAGGUAUUUGCUGCCUCCAGGAAAGAAUAUGAAAGAAGCAGGGCUUUGCUAGAGGUGGUUAAUGACCUCUUUGAGGAACAGACUGACCUGGAGAAAAUUGUCAAGAAAAUAAUGCAUCGGGCCCAAACUCUGCUGAAAUGCGAGCGCUGUUCUGUUUUACUCCUGGAGGACAUCGAAUCACCAGUGGUGAAGUUUACCAAAUCCUUUGAAUUGCUGUCCCCCAAGUGCAGUGCCGAAGCUGAGAACAGUUUCAAAGAAAGCGUGGAGAAAUCAUCAUACUCCGACUGGCUGAUCAAUAAUAGCAUUGCGGAGCUCGUGGCCUCCACAGGCCUUCCCGUGAACAUCAGUGAUGCCUACCAGGACCCGCGCUUUGAUGCCGAGGCUGACCAGAUAUCUGGUUUUCACAUAAGAUCCGUUCUCUGCGUACCUAUUUGGAAUAGCAGCCACCAAAUAAUUGGAGUGGCUCAAGUGUUAAAUAGACUUGAUGGAAAACCUUUUGAUGAUGCAGAUCAACGACUUUUUGAGGCUUUUGUCAUCUUUUGUGGUCUGGGCAUCAACAACACAAUUAUGUAUGAUCAAGUGAAGAAGUCCUGGGCCAAGCAGUCUGUGGCUCUUGAUGUGCUGUCAUACCAUGCGACAUGUUCAAAAGCUGAAGUUGACAAGUUUAAGGCAGCCAACAUCCCUUUGGUGUCAGAACUUGCCAUCGAUGACAUACAUUUUGAUGACUUUUCUCUCGACGUUGAUGCCAUGAUCACGGCUGCUCUUCGGAUGUUCAUGGAGCUGGGGAUGGUUCAGAAAUUUAAAAUCGACUAUGAGACACUGUGCCGGUGGCUUUUAACAGUGAGGAAAAAUUAUCGAAUGGUUCUGUACCACAACUGGAGACACGCCUUCAACGUGUGCCAGCUGAUGUUUGCGAUGUUGACUACCGCUGGGUUUCAAGAGAUUCUGACCGAGGUGGAAAUUCUCGCGGUGAUUGUGGGAUGCCUGUGUCAUGACCUCGACCACAGGGGAACCAACAAUGCCUUCCAAGCUAAGAGCGGCUCUGCCCUGGCCCAACUCUAUGGAACCUCCGCCACCUUAGAGCACCACCAUUUUAACCACGCAGUGAUGAUCCUUCAGAGUGAGGGUCACAACAUCUUUGCUAAUCUGUCCUCCAAGGAUUAUAGUGACCUCAUGCAGCUUUUGAAGCAGUCAAUCUUGGCAACAGACCUCACGCUGUACUUUGAGAGGAGAACUGAAUUCUUUGAACUUGUCAGUAAAGGAGAAUACGAUUGGAACAUCAAACCCCAUCGUGAUAUAUUUCGAUCAAUGUUAAUGACAGCCUGUGACCUUGGAGCCGUGACCAAACCGUGGGAGAUCUCGAGACAGGUGGCUGAACUUGUAACCAGUGAGUUCUUUGAACAAGGAGAUCGGGAGAGAUCAGAACUCAAACUCACCCCUUCAGCUAUUUUUGAUCGGAACCGGAAGGAUGAACUGCCUCGUUUGCAACUGGAGUGGAUCGAUAGCAUCUGCAUGCCUCUGUACCAGGCCUUGGUGAAGGUCAAUGUGAAACUGAAGCCGAUGCUGGAUUCGGUGUCUGAGAACAGAAGUAAGUGGGAAGAGCUGCACCAGAAAAGGCUGCUGGUCUCACCUGCCUCCCCCUGCUCUGCGGGCCUCGUGGUGGCCUCGGCAAACAGUAACUAA